CCGGGCCGGGGCACCCGGAGAUGGUGAUCUGCUGCGCGGCGGUGAACUGCUCCAACCGGCAGGGCAAGGGCGAGAAGCGGGCCGUGAGCUUCCACAGGUUCCCCCUUAAGGAUUCAAAACGCCUAAUCCAGUGGCUGAAAGCAGUUCAGAGGGAUAACUGGACCCCCACCAAGUAUUCCUUCCUCUGCAGUGAGCAUUUCACCAAAGAUAGCUUCUCUAAGAGACUGGAGGACCAGCACCGACUUCUCAAACCCACAGCUGUGCCAUCCAUCUUUCACUUAGCAGAGAAGAAGAAAAGUGCCCGAGGUCAUGUGCGAAGUAGGAGGAAGGAGGCUGGCCAACCUCCCGGGGAUGUGAGGGAAUCCCAGGAGGAAGCCGAAUGUGAAGUCGAUGAUUGUUCACCACUAUCUGUGGAUGAAGAGCUGACAGUAAAAGAAGAGGUUGGAAAGAUGGAACAAGCCGAGUCCCAAUCCAAGCAAGGGGCAGACAGGCCUGCCCCACUGGAAGGGGCUCCUAGGACUUCUGAUGCAGAGCCUAGUGUCCCAAGAGAGCCAGAGAGACCUGCUCUGGGGGACUGUACUGAAGCAAAUGCCCAGGCUGAGGCCUGGAAUUCGGACAAGAGCGGCAUCUCUAUCGAUGACUUUACCCCUCCAGGGUCAGGGGCGUGUAAAUUUAUUGGCUCACUCCACUCUUACAGCUUCUCCUCUCGGCACACGAGAGAGAGGCCCUCCCUUCCAAAGGAGCAGUUGGACAGGAAAAGACUCAAGAGAGAUGUGGAGCCGGGCUGCAGCCGCAGCAGCAUGGUGCCCGGCACAGGCUUGGCAGAGAGUACCCCGAGCUCCUCCCUGACCGCCACGCCUCAGAAGCCUUCCCAGAGCUCAUCGGCACCUCCGCCAGACGUCACUCCGAAGCCUGCCACAGAAGCCGUGCUCGGUCAGAAGGGAGACACUGACGCCAACCCCAUGUCCAUCAAUGAGGUUAUCAUGUCGGCGUCAGGGGCCUGCAAGCUCAUCGACUCGCUCCAUUCCUACUGCUUCUCCUCCAGGCCCAGCAAAAGCCAGGUGUGCUGCCUGCGGGAGCAGGUGGAGAAGAAGAAUGGGGAAUUGAAGCUGCUGAGGCAGAGGAUAAGCCGCUCUGACAACCAGGUGAAGAAGCUUCGUGAGAAGCUGGAGGAAGUCAAGAGACUCACUUUCCCCUACUUGAACGGCCUUUUAGCCCCGGACUGUGAGACCCCUAAGAUGAACCCUGCCAUUGAGCCUCUCUCCUGGAUGCUGGGCACCUGGCUCUCUGAACCCCCGGGAGACGGCAUCUACCCGACCCUGCAGCCUUUCCAUUACCUGGAGGAGGUGCACAUCACUCACGUGGGCCAGCCAAUGCUGAACUUUUCGUUCAAUGCCUUCCAUCCAGACACGAAGAAGCCAAUGCACAGAGAAUGUGGAUUCAUCCGUCUCAAGCCUGACUCCAACAAGGUGGCCUUUGUCAGCGCCCAGAACACAGGUAUUGUUGAAGUGGAGGAGGGCGAAGUGAAUGGGCAGGAGCUGUGCAUAGAGUCUCACUCAAUAGCCCGGAUCUCCUUUGCUGCAGAGCCCCGCGUGGAGCAGAGUGUGAGGUCCUCGAGGCAGGGGCUGACCGUGCUUUUGCCCUCCUCGGUGUCCCUGGCACAUGAUCAUGCGAAAGUUCCGGCUGAAUGCCGAGGGGAGACUGGAGCAGACGGUCUCCAUGGCAACCACCACCCAGCCAAUGACUCAGCAUCUUCACAUCACCUACAAGAAAGUGGCACCUUAAGGGGGCGGAGCAACGAGGAUGAGGGAAUGUGCGGCAGCUUCAGCGCUGGCGGGGCAGCUCAGGGGAGUGAUGCCGGAACGCUCCGCUCCAGAAGGGGGGCGGGUCGUGAAACUGCCCCCGGGACCCCAAAUGUUCCUCGGCUAGCCCCUAAAUAGCAAAGAGAAACCAAAUAAAACCCCUUUAUUUUUAUGGCUGUGGUUUUGAACAUC